GUUUGCGAGACAGACGGCAAGAAAAAGGAGGAGAGCAGAGGGAGGGAGGAAGGAGCAUGUUUGAAAGAUGAGAACGGGAGAGAGAGAGAGCUCCUCUUAAGUCCUUCGAGCUGGCAGGGACCUCAUAACAGAAGACGAGGCUGUUUGCAGCUGCAUUACGGCCGAAAACAGGCAAGACACAGCAGAGGGUGUCGAAGAGACUCCAGUUAGAAGAAUUAUCACUGACCUAACAUGAUGGAGGUGGUCCUAACAAGACUGCGGGACUUCUCCUGCAAGACCUCCACCUUUGAUGACUGCAAGGGAGCACAAGAGAGCACGAGCAGGGACCCUGAGGCCAGAACCAACCAUGUCAAGGAAGGGUGCACAUCUGGUGGAGAAGCAAGCAAACUGGACAUAGAGAGUGCACUGGCCUGGCUGCGAAGGGAACUGAUGGAGAUGCGUUCUCAGGAUCAAGCCCUGAUUCGACAGCUGAUGGAGCUUCACUCAGGCAUCCAGGAGCUCAAGCAGGAGCUGAAUGAGGAGGAGCAAGAGGAGGAGACGUAUGAGGAAGAAGAGGAGGGGAGCUACUGGGACUCUGAGAGUGAACAAGGAAGCGGCAGUCUCUACUCCAGCUCAGUGGAGGGGGGCUUUUCCAUUUCCUGCCUAAAGAUGGCUCAGCAGCUUUAUUCGGGCACUCUAUCGAGGAGGAUGUUCUGCAGGAGAAGCUCUGUGCCUUAAAAAGUCAGACGAAUCUUUCAAAAAUGUGCCUUUUAAGGCAGUUAACAUAGACAAGGUGGAGUUCGGUGACCCCAUUUUCCACCGCUUCACUUAAGAAAAAAACAAAGCUUAAAGUCAGUUUAACUUACGGCUGCAUACAAAUUAGCCAACAAUGUCAUGGCUUAUACUUUAUUUUUAUUUUCAUAACACGAAUAUGACAUUGUAAAUGAAAAAAGGCACCUUAGACAAAAACAAAUGUUUUUUUGUUUUUUUGCAAAACAGGCUAAUUAGUAGUUGUGGGGCACAACAGCCAUGUUGUUUUUUUGUUUACUUGUUGUUGUUUUUUAGUGUCAAAACGUUGAGUAUAUCCAUAAAAAUACAUGCUGGUGAGUUAUAACACAAGUCAUCCACCUUCCAGUUCGAUUAAUAUUCAUAAUAAACACGUGUUUGUUUGAUUUUUCUGUACCAAGACGUAAGCUGGGAGUUUUAACAUUGGAGUCUAACAGGAUGAACUACUUUUGGAGUCACCCUCAAGUGGCCAUUAGAGGAACUGCUGUUUUUGACAGUUCUGUUUUGCCUAUAUUUUUCAGCCAUGAAUAAAUUAUCAUUUUAUUUGCAUAUUGCUUUUCAAAAUAAACAUCACAAAGUGCUUGACAACAAAAAGGAUAGAACAUCAAAACAAAACAAAAGACAGUAAAUGGAGUUUAAAAAGAUGAGUUUUUAGCUGUAUUUUAAGUCCGCACAUAUCAGAGUCUGGAGUCCACUGUCUCCUUUAAUUCUCAGCCUUUUAUGAUGCACAGCCAGCAGGUACUGAUCACAUGACCCCAGGCACCUGUUGGGUUGUAUGCAUGUAAAGGUUUACUGGUAUACUCUGGUGAGUGUCCAUGCAGAGCUCUAAGAGAUUAAAGAUUCUUGUUAAAACAAGAAUCUUAAAGUGGAGUGUGAAGUUGAUGGAACUAAAUUAACAGUGUGACAUGUGAGAUAUGAGUACACCCAGGUUUACUGAAGUCAUAGUUAUGUGAGUGGUUUUCUUACAGACUACUACAGAUUAAAUAAAAAAUAUUUAAUAUUUAAAGAGUAUGAUGUAGCAGGAAAAGUAGGAUUCAUGAAAUGCUGUCUGGAGUAUUUCAUUAGCCAAACUAAUCCAUCAAUGGCUGUAGCAUCAUACAGUAUAUGCAUUUCCAGUAUGUAUAUAUUGUUACUUUAUAUUUUAGUAUCUGUAUUAAACAAUGACCUAAAGGCAGUCUUUUGAAGCACUGUGUUAAAGAUAGUAAGAGUUUUCUCUGUCUAGACAAAUAUUAACAUGAAAAGUCACUGAUAUUUAUUCUGUCUGACCAGAAAUGUCAUUCAGUAGGUCAGCCUGGAGGUUGUUUUUUUAUAUCUCCGUGUGUCCAUUGUAACUGCAGAUAACUAUUCUGAUUUGACAUAUGAGUUUUUAAAAUGCUCUUACAUGUAGAUAAAGAUGGGCUUUUUUGUUUUUGUUUGGGAGUGACACAUGAAUGUAUUUAUUAACCAUUCCUGAAUUUUAUAGCACUUUUUAAAACAUGUACUGCAGUGGUUACAGUAUGCCAGCUAAAUAAAGACACAAAGA